AUGGAGGAGUUGCAGGUAAAACCUGAUGAAGAUACGGUCAGACGAGUGGCAAAUGCCUUUAGAAAACUUGGCCAAGAAGAAAAGAGUAAAUUGGUUACAAAACGAUAUGGGCUCAAGUGGAAAUAUAUUCACUUUAUUGGUGAACGGGUUAAUGUUAGAACAGAAGCUUGGGAAGAAGAAGAUUUACAUCUGACAGAGACAGAAACAAGAGACUUGACUCUUAUUGAAAUUGAGAACUUAUUAAAGGGAUACAAUAAGAGCCUAAGAGACACCCCUUCUAUGCCAUUCUCUAACAUGGACAUGUGUUAUCAACAGUUGAUGUCCAAUGGUGUCAAUAGGCUUAUUUGUGAUGAGCUUCGUUAUGAUAGGCGACAAUUGGUAGUGGAACAUGCAGAUUUAUUACAAAAGCUAACAGAUGAGCAGAAGAGAGUGUAUAAACAAAUAUUAGCAGCUGUCAACAGUGGUGAUGGUGGUGUGUUUUUUCUAUAUGGAUAUGGCAGUACAGGGAAGACAUUUGUUUGGAAAACAUUAGCUGCUGCAAUUAGAUCUAAAGGUCAAAUUAACAGCCCUUUGGCAGAGUUGAUAAUUCGAUGUAAGCUUAUUAUAUGGGACGAAGCUCCAAUGGUCAACAGACUUUGUAUCGAAGCACUUGAUAGAACAAUGAGAGACAUCUUAAGGUUCAAGAAUGCUAAUAGUCUUCAACAACCUUUUGGAGGCAAGACUGUUGUAUUUGGCGGGGAUUUUCGACAAAUAUUACCUGUCAUACCCAAGGGCAGCAGGCAAGAUAUUUUUGAUGAUUGGAUUUUGUCAAUUGGAGAUGGUCGGUGUGGUGAUCCUAUUGAUGGGAUAGACAAGAUAGGAAUUCCUGAUGAUAUUCUCAUUGAUCAAUGGGAUGACCCUAUAGUAUCCAUCUGCAAGGCAACAUACCCGGAAUUGUUUCUAGGGGUAAAUUGUGUAUCACAUUUGAAGGAAAGAGCUAUACUUGCACCAACUCUACAUAUGGUUGAUGAAAUCAAUAGCUUCAUGAUGAGUUUGAACAGUGAAGAAUCUAAAACUUAUUAUAGUUCAGACACCGCAUGUCAAUCAGAAGCGCACAAUGACUUAUUGGCAUCAGUUCAUACACCCGAGUUUCUAAAUAGCAUUAGAUGUUCAGGUGUUCCCAACCAUGAAUUAACAUUAAAAGUAGGGACCCCGAUAAUGUUACUAAGGAACAUAGACCACUCAGCUGGACUAUGUAAUGGGACACGGUUGGUAGUUUCUAAACUCGGAAGACACAUCAUUGAAGCAAGAAGCUUUUUAGGCAGUGGGAACGGUGAUAAGGUAUUCAUACCACGGAUGACCCUCACUCCAUCCGAUCAUAGAAUACCAUUCAAAUUUCAACGCAGACAGUUUCCAAUAAUGGUAUCCUAUGCAAUGUCAAUCAACAAGAGCCAAGGUCAAUCAUUGUCAAACGUAGGGUUGAUUCUAAAAAAACAUGUUUUUACGCAUGGCCAACUUUAUGUUGCACUUUCAAGGGUCACUCAUAGGAGAGGUCUCAAGAUUCUGAUUUGUCAUGAUGAACAUGAGAAGAGGAAAACAGAUAAUGUGGUAUACAAGGAGGUGUUUAGGAAUUUAAGCUAG